UCAUAGACUAUCAUAGUAAAUCCAGAAGCAGUCUACGCGGUCAUGGCAGUCAUCCACAUCACAACGGGAGUAUUUUUACUGUUCAGUAUUUCUGUUCCAUCAGAUGCAGAAACGUCUCAUCAUGCUAGAUUCAAGUUGUAUGAACGCGACCUGAAGUUUAAACGGGGCCAAUUGAGUUCUCGCACCUCCAGCACCAUGAAGUUGCUUCCUGCUAUAGGAAAGAAUGUGAUCUUCAUUGGAAGUGGAAAACAUCUAUCCCGUCUUGAUUUCCAGAAGAACCCAGAGAAGGCAAUGGUGCAAGGUAUUCCACUUGGCUGUAAAGGAUUUAAUGGUCCCAUCACCGUGAUGCAGCCAGGAAAGCAAGGUUAUCCGCUGUUUGUGUGCACCCAUGAAGAACAAAGCACCGCCUGCUGCUUCAAGGCGCUGAAUGGCUCCACAGAUAUUGGUCCAGCCCCUUACGCAGGGACAGAGGAGCCAGCACUUCUUACUGAGGAUGCUCUCUAUACCACGCAGUCAGAUGGGAAGAAUAAAGGUGGUCUGUACAGGACAAGUGUCGGACCUCGGAAAAACAAGGACAUGAGACCUCCCUCCAGCCGAUCAGAUCAGCGCUACGUGAAGGUCAUGAAAAGACAGAACAAGGUCUACGCCUUCUACACAGAGAAGAACAGCGACCAGGACCCAAACACAGACAGUUUCACGUCAAAGAUCUCUCGAGUUUGCGCGUCUGAUGCGGGCGGGUCAAAGGACAUCCUGCAAUACCAGUGGACGUCCCAGCUGAUUGGGCGUCUGUCGUGUGGGGACCCCGACAGGAAGUUGUUCUACAGCGAGCUAUUGGACGUGGCCGUACUGCCUUCUGCACAAGGAGAAUCUGACCUCCUCUACGGCCUCUUCAGAAACGCAUGGGACAUGACAGCAGUAUGUGCAUACAAGAUGGACGACAUUGAUAACACCUUCUCUACUUUUCGCGACGAAGCUGUAGGAGGCAACAUCCCUGGAGAGUGUGUUGAGGACAGUAAGAAGUUACCUGCCGAGUUACUCAAGCGCAUGAAGAGUAGUCCUGAAGCAGCGAGCGAGGUGAAACCCAUCAACAACAGCCUUCCCCUACUGGUCAGCCAUCGCCACUACAGCCACAUCCAGGUGGAUCGUGUUGCAGGAACAGGGGGACAGGAUACACAUAACGUCCUGCUGCUGUCCAUGGAGAGUGGUGCCGUUCAUAAAGUCCUGGAGAAUGGCUCUGACCCCUUCAUCAUUGCUGAGUAUCAUCCUUUUCGACCCGGAACCCACAUCCUCAGCAUUUUGCUGGACAGCUCUGAGAAGAAGCUGUAUGUGGGCUCCAGUGCUGAGGUGGUCCAGAUUGACCUGAAGAACUGCAGUGUGUACGGAAAGCGGUGUGAGGACUGCAUCUUAGCCAGAGACCCCUACUGUGGCUGGGACCACGAACAGAAGAUGUGCUCACCUUACUCACAGAGGAUGACGCAAGAUGUUCUCUGCAGGAAACAAGUCUGUGAGCCUGAGAGUUCCUCUCUGAAGUACACCUCGAUGAUGGGCAGCCCCUCUGAAGACCCCUCGUACGUAUCCCAGUCCUCCAGACACUUCCUGUCAUGCCCUGUGCAGUCCCAGCAUGCCGAGUACCGCUGGCUGCAUGACGGGCAGGAGAGGGGCGCUCUGAUGGACAGGGACCAGAGUCAGCUGGUGCUGCUGAUAGAGGACAUGGGAGCCUCAGAUCAGGGCCUCUACCGCUGUGUCUCCAGUGAGGGGGACUACAACAAGACUGUGGCCCAGUACUCACUCAGGCUGUCAAGUGGAGGGCAGGGGACCAGGGGCAACAUUCUGGCUAUGGCUUCAACGAUGCUAAUGUUUGCUCUGUUGCAGUAGAGUUCUGUUGGAGAUGGUUUGUGUCAACUUACUAUGUGUGGUGUGAGUGUGUGUG